AUGGCAGCAUCUCUCGCCCGGCUUGCCAGCCAUAGUGCCAAACGCCUCUGUCUACGACCCGCACUCCCAAUUGCACGCACCUCACGAGCAUUCUCAUCCGUCCCCUCCCUCCGUUAUGCCGAGCCCUACGAAGGCACGAAGCUGAUACCCACCGAUUCGAACUUCUCGCACCCCACCGAUCCCUACGACACGCAGCACAUCAACAAGACGCCGGACCCGAACUUGGAUGGCGAAGGUGUCGAGAACAGGAAGAUCAGGCAUUACACGGUCAAUUUCGGUCCUCAGCAUCCGGCAGCUCACGGUGUGCUUAGAUUGAUUCUGGAACUCAAUGGAGAGGAGAUUGUGCGGUCGGAUCCGCAUGUGGGAUUGCUGCAUCGAGGGACGGAGAAGUUGAUCGAGUACAAGACUUAUCUGCAAGCUCUGCCGUAUUUCGAUCGUUUGGAUUACGUUUCUAUGAUGACCAAUGAGCAAUGCUUCUCUCUGGCUGUGGAAAAGCUCCUAAAUAUUGAGAUUCCGGAGCGAGCGAAGUGGAUUCGGACACUGUUUGGAGAGAUCACGAGAGUAUUAAACCAUUUGAUGUCGGUGUUGUCUCACGCAAUGGAUGUUGGGGCUCUUACACCUUUCUUGUGGGGUUUCGAGGAACGUGAGAAGUUAAUGGAAUUCUAUGAAAGGGUGUCAGGAGCUCGGCUUCACGCUGCUUAUAUAAGACCAGGAGGUGUGCAUCAAGAUAUCCCUGUAGGCCUUCUUGAUGACAUCUAUCAAUGGGCAACGCAAUUCGCAGAUCGCAUUGAUGAGACUGAGGAAUUGCUGACUGACAACCGAAUCUGGAUUGGGAGAACGAAGGGGGUUGGUGUUGUGUCGGCAGCUGACGCGCUGAACUACUCUUUUACAGGUGUCAUGCUUCGUGGGUCUGGUGUACCAUGGGACGUUCGGAAGAGCCAGCCGUAUGAUGCGUACGGUGAGGUCGAGUUCGAUGUGCCAGUCGGUGUCAAUGGUGAUUGUUAUGACCGAUAUCUCUGCCGGAUGGAAGAGUUCCGUCAAUCGCUCAGGAUCAUCCACCAAUGCCUAAACAAGAUGCCUCCAGGACCUAUCCGUGUUGAGGAUUAUAAAAUCUCCCCACCACCCCGUGCAGCCAUGAAGGAGAAUAUGGAGGCUUUGAUCCACCACUUCUUGCUAUUCACAAAAGGGUAUACUGUACCACCAGGAGAGACGUAUUCGGCCAUCGAAGCGCCAAAGGGAGAGAUGGGAGUGUACGUUGUGAGUGACGGGAGUGAACGACCAUACCGCUGCAAGAUCCGAGCACCUGGUUUCGCACACUUGGGAGGAUUUGACCAGAUCUCGAGAGGUCAUUUGUUGGCAGAUGCUGUGGCGAUUAUCGGAACAAUGGAUCUGGUGUUUGGAGAGGUCGAUCGAUAA